GCGAUUUUUUUCCCUCUCUCUGCACGGUAGGAGGUGCCAGCGGAGGAGCGGUUUAAAAGGAAAGGGCCUCCAUUGCCGCCCCCCGCGCCCCGGUGGCCCAGGAUGAAUAUCCUGCCGAAGAAGAGCUGGCACGUCCGGAACAAGGACAAUGUGGAGCGGGUCCGCCGGGACGAGGAGCGGGCGGCCGCCGCCGAGCGGGAGCUCAAGGCCAGAGCGGAGUUGGCCGAGAGGGAGGCGCGGACAGAUCUGCUGAGGAACCGAGCCCGGCGGUCCCUGCCCGAUCCCUCGGAGGCGCCGCGAGACCUCGAGCUGUUCGGCAGCGGUGGGCAGAGCCUGAGGGCAGGCAGCAAGGAGCUCGAGGCAGAGAAACGCCAGGAGAAGGAGAGACGGGAACGGGCCCUCGGAAUCCUGGUCGCCCUCGGUGGCAGCGCUUCCUCUGCGCAGACAGUGCUGCCCUGGUACGAGGAGGUGCCACGCGGCUCCAGGGAAGGGGAGAUGGGUGCCGAGGAGAGGGACAUUGAGAGGAAGGGGAGGCUGGAUCCGCUGGUCUCCAUGAAGGGGCUGCUGCGGGCGGGAGAGCGCAGGAGGGAGGGAGGGCGGGGAGGGAGGGCGGAGACGGGGAGGGAGGGCCGGGUGGCCCCCGAGCUUGCAGAGGGACUCCGGGCAGAGAGGCUGAGGAGGGAGGCGAGGGAGAGGGAGCGCGCCGAGGCACUGCUGCGCGCUCACUCCCAGUCUGGCCAGCAGGAGGCGACGCCGGAGCCCAUGGACGAGCGGAAGAGGGCUUACAAUUCCCAGUUCCACCCCUACCUGAGGCAGGGGACAGGGAGGAGGUGA